GAAAUAAUAAUAAUAAUAAUAAUAAUAAUAAUAAUAUGUUCUAUGUCGUUGCGUUCUGAUUGGCUGGAACAAGGUUUGAUCUAAUUAGUCGGAAAGUUGUGAUUAGUUCUCUACAGUAUGAACAGCAGCUCUGGCAGUUAUGUGCUCGUUACUGUUUAUAUAGCAACAGCUCGUUCACAGGGACGUAAGGAGAAGUUUAUUCAAGGAUAUGAACACUGCAGAUUAUUUGAAGAAAAACAUGAACAGAUCCUUGAUGCAGCGUCUUCUCGGUUUGAAGAAAAGCGCGAGCAUCUACUCGAGCAUGGAGGCGGUGAAAUAUGGCUCGUAUUUUCCUCAACAUGGAGAACAGAGCUAUGACGACGCACCAUCCUUUGAGGAUUUCGGGGCUUUUGUGCAGUCAGAGAAGAAGCAGGUAAAGAGAAAAGUGUUGCAGUUCCGAUCUGAAUCCUGUGCAGGGGUCAGAGGUCAGUGGAAGAGGUUCGGCAAGGCGAGCGUGAUGUGGUUGGUGUUGUUCGGUGCAGCGCUAGCUCACGGUUGUGUCUCUCUCCUGACGCGUUUAGCUGCAGACGUAUCCCGCAUCCCAUCUCUCGAGCUCCUGUUUGUUCGUUCUGUCCUCCAGAUUUUGUCCAUUGUCGUCGUUUUGUACCGCAAGGAAGCGCCGUUUGGGCCACGAAGCUGCAGGCUGCAUCUGUUUUCCUACGGAAUAUUUAACGUUAUCUCCAUAUCUUGUGCGUACACGUCGUUCGCGUUAGUUCCUCCGGCUAACGGUGCUAUUGUGUGGCGAGCGAGCGCGACGGCGUUCAGUGCUGUGCUGUCCUUCCUGCUAGUCGAUGAGAGGCUAGGUACGGCGGAAACCGUCUCCGUCUCAUGCGCUGUCUUUGGGCUCGGACUCAUCCUGAUCCCCAACCUCGCCAGUGAGGAACAGUCACUCGGGUUCUGGAAAGAGGCGUUUGGCUACGUCCUGGUGGUUUUGGCGGGAGUGAUGGCGGCGCUUUCUAUGGUCCUGUACAGGUGUGUGAAGCAGCAGGUGAGCAUAUGGACAGCACUGUUUACGUUUGGAUGGAUGGGUUCUCUCUGGUCUUGCUGCUCCAUGUUCCUCCUGCAGGAACCCGUUGUUCCACACGAUGCAGAAACCUGGAUGUUCCUCAUAUCCAUCUGCUUCUGCUCUACCGUCGCCUUCUUGGGGGUUUAUUACGGCCUGCAACGCCUCCACCCUGCAGUAGUCAGCACGGUGCAGCACCUGGAGCUGGUGGUGGCAAUGAUCCUGCAACUGCUUGUGCUGCGACUCCUCCCCUCCACCUAUGAUGUCAUUGGCUCCGUUGUUAUCAUCGGCAGCGUCCUCGCGCUCGGUCUUGUCAGACUCGUUCGUGGUGAAAAGCGAGAGAUGGAGGAGUACAAGGAAAUAAUCGACUCAUCUGUAAAAUAACGCUAAAGGAUUGAGAUGAACAGAGUAUCGAGUUCCAUCGUGUCAUGUGACCUUAUAAAAUUAGAAUAUUAAUUACCCUCAAAUGACAGUUUCUUUCCCCUGCAGGACCACUGAUGAACUGUUGUGUAUGUAAAUAUAAAUAGAAUUAUUUAAUUCCACUAUUAAAAGCAUUAAAAAUAAUAGAAACAAAAUGUAUUCAUAUAUUUUGAAUAUUCAUGAUGUGCAAAUUAACCCCCAACUCUCUAAUUGCACCACAGCCCUACUGGAUCCUGAGCUGGUGAUUGUUUGAGCAUUUGUAGCUGCGCUAACUUAAAUGACAACAGAAACUUGGUCCUUCACUGAUAUUUCACACAAUUAAGAUGAAUUUAUCAUCAAAAGUGUGGCGUGUUUGUUUUUUUCAACUUCAGGAUGUGCUGUAAUGACAUAAAGAAUUACCAUGACACUCCAGACACUCCAAUCUAAAGUUGACCUAGCAUGUUGCUCAUAUGAGCACUCUGCCACCAAAUCUCAAAAAUCUAAAUCAUAAAAACCUGAGCGACAUUGCCUGUUAAAAAACUCCUAAAAAAUUUCUUUCAAUCUGGUAUACGUGCUAAUUACCUGAGCCUGGAUAAAUAAUAAAUAAAUAGCGAAUAAUAAACAAAAACUAAAGCACUGCAAGUUUUUAGUUUUUCCUCCAUCUGCUGGUGGAUUUACUACAUUACAAUUAAAUUUUAUUUGUAAAGCACAAAUAUAGAUUCUUGUGCCAUGCAUCCGCCAGUGGCGACAGUGGCAUGGAAAAACUCUCUGAGAUGUUAUGAGGUAGAAACCGUGACUAAAAAAGAGUAACCAUCCUCAUCCUCAACAGUGAAUGUCCAGACAUGAUAGUUCCAUCAUUGUUGAGGUUAUCACCUGUUCACUGAUUCACUGAGAAUUGAGUGUAAAAAGGUUCCUGGAAAUUGGUUAUAUUGAAUACAGCCCAAAUCCAUCCUAAUUGUUCUUGAGUUUCCUCAACAGAAUCCUCAUGGAUAUUUAGGCUGUUUGUGUGAAACCAUCCUCAGCAGCACCAAGUUGUAUUAAGAAUGAUCAGGCAGGUCUGGAAAGAAGCAAGUGACAGGAUCAAUGGUACCUCAGACGCAUGUACAGUUAAUUUAAUUCAAUUCAGUUUUAUUUGUAUUGCACUUUUAAUAAUGAACAUUGUCUCAGAGCAGUGUUACACA